CGACAGUCAAAUAACUUGCCAAAUCGUUAUUUAAUUUUCAAUCAACAUGCCUAAGAAUCCUAACUCUAACCCUAAUACUGGAAACCAAGGUUUCGCUUCUAUGGAUCCUGAUAAACAACGUGAAAUCGCUUCCCAGGGAGGUAAAGCCUCUUCCGGCUCUUUCGAAAAAGGUAGCCAACGUGCCAAAGAAGCAGGUCGUAAAGGCGGCAAGGCUUCUGGUAACACUGAUCAGAACAAUCGUGAUGAUGACUACUAAGCUUAAAAAGUCGCGCUUAAAAAGUCGCGUUACAAAUCUAUCUUCUUCUGUAAUAAUCUACUCUCGAUUUUUUUUGUAAAUAUUUUCAUAAAGUUGUUUCUAUACUGUAAAUAAAAUUCUAUUCAACUAGCAAGCUUUCUUUUGAAUAAAGCAUUUCUUGAAUAAAACAUAUGUGUGUGCUGAAUUUAGUGACUGAAAUUCCUCCGUGCAUUUGAGUAUCUUAUCUGUUUACCUGUUUGGAUCAUUAAGCGUGAUGCGCCUAUUCUUUAUUUGAUACAAAGUAUACCCUAUCAGUUGGCUAGUAAUUAAUAUAGCUCUGACUAACAUAAAUUCUUGG